UCGUUUUAUAAUCAUAGGCUCGCUCACAUCACUCCCUGUGUGUUUUAUUUAUAUUCCUAAUCCGGCUGCUGGCUGCUGAGUAUCUGUGCCAGUCUAGAAACUUCUGACAAACACCUGUAUGAGAGAAGGAAUUCUGCGUGCGCCGUCUUUACGGUAAAGCCGCUUGUUGAUCCCGCCCUCUCUGUGAUAGAAAACUCGGUGAUGUCGCUUCGUCUUUAACGAGCUUGACCCAGAACCCAGGGAAGGAGGGGAAAAGAGGGGAGAAAACACUAAAAAACGGAAUAGUCUGAAAGGGGUCGGGACAGGCUUUCCACGAGCAAGUCCAUUCCUCCCUGUUUCUGGGCUUGGUGGUUCGGUGACAUUCUACCCAUGAGCAACUAGAGCUCAACCUCUGACCUUGGUGUGAUCUCUCACCUCUACUACCAAACCACGCCCACAGGUGAAGUGUGUAUGGAGCAGUGUGAGAGCGCAGCGGCUCUGCUGGAGUCGGUCAGGGAGCAGGAGGUGCAGUUUGAACAGCUGACCCGGGCGCUGGAGGAGGAGAGGAGGAGAGUGGGCCUCCCCGCAACGAGCCCCUCGGCCCUGGGUCGCCCCCUCCCUCACACACAGAACGGGCGUUUAGGGGAUGCAGACAUAGAACGGCUGAAACUGACUGACUCAUAUAUAAACGGCACACAGUACAGAAUGGUGGACCCUGCACACGGCGCUCUCGAUGAGAGCUACACACCAGAGGACGACUCCCAGGAAGUGCACUCAGUCUUCUCUGACGAGGGAACCGCACGGCGGCCAGACAAUGGCAUGAAGAAACCAAUCUCGCGCACAGUCCUGCCUUCUGACUCGAUGUCCAUUGAUGGUGGCUUGUCGGUGCCUGGUAUGGGUGGCUAUAGCGCCACACUGGACCGUCCUUACAGGCAGGCUGUACCAGCAGACUACCCCACGGCCACAGUGCCCAGAAACUACCACUAUGGUCCUGUGGGCUAUGAUGACUACCGGGGUGGCCCACCAUCGGAGGCAUACACUAGCCUGAGCAGGGGCUCGCACAUGGACGAACGCUACAGGCCAGUUGACGGCUACAGGACCCUGGACUCUGGCUACCGGGCCCCAAGCCGUCAGCAGCUUGACCCGUAUGCAGCACAGCCCCAGGUGAGCCGGGGGAUGAGGGCGUUGGGCUCAGCUUUGGAGAUGCGGUAUGGCCAAGGCCACUACGCUCUGGAGGAUGACCAGCGCAGUGUGGGAUAUGAUGACUAUGGCAUGGGGCCUCCACCCAUUCACCCUGGGGGCUACGGUACCAUGCCACGCCUAGGGCCUGGCCCUGCUGGUAUGGACAGACGAAGACUCAGGAGCUGUGAGGACACUUUGGAUGGUGAUGUCGGAGGAGUUGACCCUUAUGCCUGGGGUGUUCCCAUGACGAUGGAGAGGGGGAGCAUGGCUUCACUGGACAGCACACUGAGGAAGCCUCCUCCCUCUUCAUGGAGACAGCCUGAGCUGCCAGAGGUCAUCGCCAUGUUGAACUACCGUCUGGACCCCGUCAAGACCAACGCCGCCGCCUUCCUCCAGCAUCUCACAUUCAAAAACGAUAAGGUGAAGUCAGAGGUGCGUCGCCUAAAGGGCAUCCCAGCCUUGGUGUCAAUGCUGGACCACCCCAGCAAGGAGGUGCACCACUCGGCCUGCGGAGCACUAAAGAACAUUUCAUACGGGCGAGAUCAAGACAACAAGAUCGCCAUCAAGAACUGCGAUGGAGUGCCUGCUCUGAUCAGGUUACUGAGAAAAACCCACGACCAGGACCUUACUGACACUAUCACAGGCACCUUGUGGAACCUUUCAUCCCACGACUCCGUGAAGAUGGAGAUUGUGGACCACGCCCUGCAUGCCCUAGCUGACGAGGUGGUCGUUCCCCGCUCCGGCUGGGAGCGAGGAAGCAACGGAGGAGAAGAGAGCUGCAAACCACGCCAUCUGGAGUGGGAGACCGCCUUGACCAACACUGCUGGCUGCCUUAGGAAUGUGAGCUCAGAACGCAGCGAGGCCAGGCGAAAGCUGAGAGAAUGCACAGGACUGGUGGAUUCACUCAUGUACAUUGUUCAAUCACAGAUCAACCGCAAAGAUGUGGAUAACAAGUUGGUGGAGAACUGUGUCUGCCUCCUGAGGAAUCUGUCCUAUCACGUUCACCGUGAAGUCCCCGGUUGCGAGCGCUAUGUAGAGGCCACGCCCCUCAACCAGGGACCACCCCCUGCCAACAAAGGUGGCUGCUUCGGCUCUCGAAAGGGCAAAGAUGAGUGGUUUUCAAAAGGAAAGAAGGAUGGAGAGGACGGGUCUGCAGAGCAGAUCGACAUUCCAAAGAGGACAACACCUGCUAAAGGUUACGAGCUGUUGUUCCAACCAGAGGUGGUCCGUGUUUACACAUCACUGCUCAAAGAGAGCAAGAACCCCUCGGUGCUGGAGGCUGCCGCUGGUGCAAUUCAGAACCUCUGUGCUGGCAGAUGGACUUAUGGUCGGUAUAUCCGGGCUACAGUGCGUCUCGAGAAGGGUCUUCCCAUGAUGGCUGAGCUACUGGCUCAUGGCAACGACCGUGUUGUUAGAGCGAUGUCCGGAGCCUUGAGGAACCUCUCCAUCGACAACCGUAACUGCCAACUGCUCGGUUUGCAUGCAGUGCCUCACCUUGUGGCCAACCUGCCUGGAGGCCAGAGUCAAUCUGGGCGCACUCUGUCAGAGGAGACAGUGGUUUCUGUACUGAGCACGCUGGCUGAGGUGCUAGGCAACAGUGUGGAGGCAGCAAAGACCCUCAGAGCCUCGCAGGGCAUUGAGAGGCUGGUGCUCAUCAACAAGGACGGCAAGCGCUCAGAGCGUGAGGUUCGGGGGGCCGGCCAGGUGCUGCAGCUCAUCUGGGCCCACAAAGAGCUGCGCAAGCCUCUUGAGAAAGAUGGCUGGAAGAAGACGGACUUCAUGGUCAACCUCAACACCACCAACGGUCCGAGCACCCGAGCCAACGGCACCUAUGAAGACAGCACCACACCACUGCUAGACAGAGGGGAGAAGAGGGACAUGAUUCCACUAAAUGACCUUGGCCCGGAGGCCUACUCUACACUGGACCAGAGGGAGAGAAGACACACUCUGGACGAAACCACAGACACUUUACCGCGAGGGGUGUAUGGGGGCAGAAAGGGCUCCUUGCCCCUGUUGGACUCCUACGAUGGUUAGCCCUCCCCCCCUCCCCUCUACCCCCCUCUGCAUGUAACAGCAUGAAAAACUGAUAGUGUGCAUCACCCAGACUGGGCCGUCCCUGCCCUACCACUGCUACUGAGGAGAGAAGAUCCAGAUGCACAGACUCUCUCCCCCUCCCGUCUCCCCUCCCCUCCCCUCCUCUCCUCUCCCUCUCUAUCACCACACAGAUGGGAUUACAAGAUGAGGGUUGGCAUCCAAAGAAAGUGGCCAUGUUGCAGGCAAAACGUUUCAUGCAACACACACACUUACAGAUACAUACACACCUACUUUUUACAACUUCAUUCAAUUGUAGCAGCAGAAAUAUAUUCAGUUUUUAAAUUAUAACUUUCCUGUAAAGGCAAUCACCUUUGUUGACAAUCAUUUAAUUCUGGUGUUGUCGUCCUGCUUUUUUUCUCUCUCUCUCUCUCUUCUUGCUAUUGUCAACAUUUUGGUAAAUUUUUGUCAUGCCAAUGCCCGCAUCCUAAUGACAAAUUUGUACGUAGACUUCUAUGUAGGGUAUAUACUGUAUAUAAAAAGAAAAUGGGGAUGACUGCAUUAGUUUUGGCUCAUUAAUUUAAAUCGUCCCUUUACAGGGAUCGUUGGGAGGUUCGGGACGGGCCGACAGAGCGACAGCCACCGUGUAGAUUGAGAAUGUUGUUUAUAUAGGAGUUAUUUUCCUGUCUAGAGUUAUUUUCUCUCAGUUGGGAUGAGCACAGGUGUAGACAAGAAAAGGGCAGGUGUGUGUAUAUUUGUCAUACAGAAAGCCUGUGGCCGUGAGUGUGUGGAAAAGUGGACCUCGGAAUGAGUGUGUUUUUGUGUGUGUGUGUGUGUGUGUGUGUGUGUGUGUGUGUGUGUGUGUGUGUGUGUGUGUGUGUGUGUGCACGGAUCAGACCCCUAAUACCACACGUUGAUUAUUUUAUCCGUUCAUGUUGCUGUUUUUAUAGUGUGCUCCUACUCCUGCGACAAAGCUUUGUUUUGUUUCGUUAGCUUUUAUGGACCAACCGCCUCCUUUUGUGUUUCAUACCGUUAUUCGCUAACUUUUUUUUUUUUCUUUCUCCUGAGUGAAAAAUAAGAAACUGAGCUGCUGUUUUUUACAUUUUGAUGUGGGUUUCACCAACGACAUCAGUGCAGCAAAUCAAAUUUGGCACUGAACUAUAUUUAAGAAGCUGGGAGCAUCGUACACUACCAAACCACUAAAACAUUUCCUGCUUCUGAAACCAUUCUACAGUAAAACAUUCACACUAUAGAAAGAGUCUAUGCUUCAUUUAGACAUUAAAGAACACUUUAGAGGGUCUCUUUGACAUAAUUAUUCUAUUCUAUUCUUUAAGAAAUCACUACUUGCUGUGUGUUUUUGCAAUAUAAAUGCUCAUGUUGGCAGUCUUGACAUGCCGAUUUACUAAAAAGAAACACUUUAAUAUGUGAGGCUUCUUCACUCAGAGGAGACUCGGACAGAUUUGGGAGAGACGCUGACUUUAUUUAAUUCGCUAGGUGGACAUAAAGCACAUUUUGGUCUGUGUUCCAUUUAUUUCUACCAUUUUUGUUGUGUUUUUUCCACUUUGUGUCAGGUUUGUUUGUAUUUUAUUUCGGGUUUUGUAUGUAUGGGAGCGGUGGGUGAGAGCAUUAUGCAAUUUGUUCAACUUUUUAGUCCCCAGUUUUACUCCUGAGUUGUUUUUAAGGCAAAAGAGACCAUCAUCUUUGUUUUGUUCUUUUUUUGUUUUUUACUCUCCACACACAAUAUAUUUGUAAUGUUGCCUAUCCAUGUAAAAUUAUGAUGUACCAUUCAUACCUGCCUUGGCUCUGAGAAGUUGCUUUUUUCAGUAAAGUAUGUAACUGGUAAUACUGUUGUUUUUAUAAAUAAAGAUCUUUUCUUAGACAAGA